UACCUACGUAGUCGCAGGCCAAGCCACAGGCGCGUACCACCACCACCACCACUACGCCUCCCUCAGCCCUGCUCAGCUGCCCCAGACCCAGUGGCCAGUGGGGAUCAAGCCAGCCGGAAAAGAGAGGCAAAGCAAGCAAGGGAGAGAGAGAGAGAUAGAGAGUUUUUUUUUUGGGGUUGGGUUCGGAGACGGAGCGCCUGCGCGAAUGAGGAAUCAUGGCUGAUGGCUACCCCGUCGAAAGGUCGGCAUCUUUUAUCCCAUUCCCAUUGUUGGCAAAUGAAGGGAGAAGAAGCGCCCAGCAAAAGGCGCGCACCGUAUGUAUCAUUGCCCUCUAGCCUCUACUACUCACUCUACUGCCACCCCGCCCAGGCCCAUCCUACGUCCUAGUACUGCUUCACUCUACGCCGUACCGUCUCCACGGCUCCACACCACCGCGGGGCGGAGGAAGCGCCUCCUCUCCUCUCCUCCGCGCGUGCUCCCGGGCACACCUCCACUCCACCGCUUUGCUUUGCCUCGCCUUGCCUUGCCUCGCCUCGCCCCUGCCGUCGCGCAUUUGGCACUUGCCUGCUCGAUCCCCCGUCCCCCCUCCUCUUCAUACUCGCUCCGCCACUUGCCUGCCGGUGUGUGCCUUCCUCCUCGGAGACAUUGUCGGUGCUCUGCUCCUUCCCUCCCCGCCCGCCCGCCGGAGAAGGUCGCGGCCACCACCAAGAAGACGCCCAACUCCCGCAUCCCGAAGUACCCCAGCCUACCGUCGCAGCUGCUGUGCCAAGUCCAAACAUCACCAUGCAUGCUGACAAGGACGCCGAUGAGGAAACCGACGUGUUCCCGAUCCCGUGUCUCGGCAGCUAUGCCAAGAGCAAAGCAUCCAGCUGAGUACUUCUGCAAGAAAUUGACCUCGAGCGAUACGAGCACUCACGGCGGGUUCUCGGUGCCGCGAAGAGCUGCAGAGAAGCUGUUCCCACAUUUUCUUCUGCCCACUUGGUUGUUCUCCGUGAAUGCUUCAGCUCAUACAUAGGUUUUGUCUUUGGACUUGUAGGAUUACUCGAUGCAACCUCCGAAUCAGGAGCAUAUCGUCCGAGAUUUGCAUGAUAACAUGUGGACGUUUCGUCACAUUUAUCGUGGUAGGGUCGAAUACUGUUUGACUUGCUUUUAGCUUGUACAUUCGUUCAAGGGUACAUAAUUUAGGUGUCCUGGGUCCCUGUCUUC